AAAGCCACAAAAGCGCAAAGCGUAGAGCAGACACUGUAAGCUCCGACAGGGAGAGACGGAAAUGGCGUCGGUGCGAUCAGUAGCUCUGAAAGCUCUGAGUGGACCAUCAUGGUCACACCUCGUGCCACGGGCACAAACCCUACGCGUGCGAGCGUUCUCGGCCACCAUGUCGCCGCCGUCUAAGGCCGUCGUCUACGAGCACCACGGUCCACCCGACACUGUCACCAGAAUGAUAGAGCUACCGCCGGUAGAAGUGAAAGAGAACGACGUCUGCGUGAAAAUGCUUGCCGCUCCUAUCAAUCCCUCUGAUAUCAACCGGAUUGAAGGUGUGUACCCUGUGAGGCCACAAGUGCCUGCAGUUGGAGGAUAUGAGGGUGUUGGAGAGGUACACUCAGUGGGCUCUGCUGUUAAGGGUCUCUCGCCUGGUGAUUGGGUCAUCCCAUCUCCACCUUCUUCUGGGACAUGGCAGACUUACAUUGUGAAAGAUCAGAGUGUCUGGCACAAAAUUAAUAAGGAUUCACCUAUGGAAUAUGCUGCCACAAUUACUGUUAAUCCUUUGACUGCUCUAAAAAUGCUCGAAGACUUUAUUACUUUAAACUCAGGAGAUGCUAUUGUGCAAAAUGGGGCUACAAGCAUUGUGGGACACUGCAUUAUUCAGCUUGCACAGUAUCGUGGUAUCCAUAGUAUAAAUAUAAUAAGGGACAGGGCUGGAUCAGAUGAAGCAAAAGAAAAGCUUAAAAAUCUUGGUGCUGAUGAAGUUUUUACUGAGAGUCAACUGGCAGUGAAGAAUGUCAAAGGUCUCCUGGGUAGUCUACCUGAACCUGCUUUGGGAUUUAACUGUGUUGGUGGAAAUGCUGCUUCCUUGGUUCUCAAAUUUUUGAGACAGGGAGGAACUAUGGUAACAUAUGGUGGAAUGUCUAAAAAACCUAUUACUGUAUCAACGUCAUCUUUCAUUUUUAAAGACCUUUCUUUGAGGGGAUUCUGGUUACAGAAAUGGAUGAGUACAGAUAAAGCAAAAGAGUGCAGAAGUAUGAUAGAUUACCUCCUGGACCGAGCAAGAGAAGGGAAGUUGAAAUAUGAGAUGGAACUGGUUCCCUUCAACAAUUUUCACAGUGCAUUGGACAAGGCACUUGGAAAACUAGGGAGCCAACCAAAACAGGUCCUCACAUUCUAAUUACAAAUCAAGACUAAAGGUGAAUGUUUGAGGUAAUCCUAUGCUUUUGUCGAAGUUCUAGGGUUUUGAUUUUCUAUUACACGUCAUUACAGACUCCGAUGACACAGUGAGAGUCCGAACUUCUUUACCUGGAAAAUUGAAUUCAUGUAAGCACCAUUAUUAAUGGAAGAUCAGCAGUCAUUGCUUAACUUUGUAAUCAAUCUUUUUUCUUUCUUUCUUCUUCUUCUUAUGACAACAGAAAUUGUAAGGAAUCACUCCAUUUUUUAAUGCUUUUUAGAGGGUGUUCUUUUGUU